AAAAAAACUAAAACUAAAUAAAAAUAAACAAAAAUAUAACAAUUCACCGUGCUUUUCUCCGGCUCAUCUUCCUUCUAAGUGGGAACCUGUCCGGUUGCUCGUGGACCCCACGAGUCAGCUGACGUGGAUGAAGUGCACGAUCGGCAGAAACAAAAGAAACUAUAAUAAGAACGACAGCGUUUUCGAUGGCGCCAACUCGACGUCCUUUGUCACGACCAUCUGCCUUAAUCCGGCGAUGAUCUGCCCACCGAAUAUCACCAAGACCUUUAGCGCCAACAGCUUUUGCAACAAAGAUGGGUAUUGUGCAUAUAAUAUGAGCUACAACAUCGGGUCAACAUCCGGUGAGUUCGCCACAGACACCUUCACUAUCAACACGACCGACAACAAGGGGGAACAAAAAGCGUCCAAGUCGCGCACGUGCUCUUCAGCUGCAACGAAAAAAUGAGCCUCCUCAACAACAUCGUGGGCCCACACGUCCACGGCGUGCUCGCGCUCGGCUUCGGACCCUUCUCCUUCCCGUCGCAGGCCUCCGCCUUCGCCCGCGGCACGUUCUCGUACUGCAUCCCUGCCGAGGCGGGCCUCAACGCGUCUUUCAGGCUUGUCUUCGGCCCACAAACCGGGCCCGCGCAUACACAGUGCACGGAACUCAUCCCAAAAGUCAACGGCCCGUUCUACGCGGUCAAUAACUGUUCCGAGAUCGGACCUGAGAAGUGGAUCGUGGACACCGUGCAGGUGUACACGUCACUGCCCAGUGGGACCUACAAGGCGGUGGUGGCCCCACUGGACAAGUGGAUGUCGAGGUUCGGGAGGCGGGUCAGUCCCGGAAUGUUCAGCCCGCUCAAGUAUUGCUACAGUGUGAAGAGUGAGUUGCACAGUUGGCCGAAGCUCGAUUUUGUGUUUGGGGAUGGGAAGGUAUUUAAGCCGGUCGGGCCAGGCGUGGUGGUUGGAUUAAAGUCCGGAGUUAAGUGCUUGGGUUUCGUGAGGAGUAGUGAUGUGUUACCCGUGAUUGGGACUAUCAUGCAGGGGAAUCAUUGGAUACAGUUCAGAACUGGCAAGAGCCCGAAGUGGUGUUUUGCGGAGGCUAACUGCACGCGCUGA